AUGGGCUCAUGCUCAAGGGAUUCGCCUGUUGAAAUGCCUCGACAACUGGCUGAUCUUCGCAAGCUCCAAGGAGAAACUGCUACAGGACAGAGAUCGCCUUCUUCAAUUCUGUCAGGAGCUAGGCAUAAUAGUAAACCUAGAGAAGUUGAAUCUCGUUCCGAGCCAGAAAGCUUUUUAUCUAGGGAUGAGAAAGGCCUUUCUCUGUCUGCUUUCAGGGGCUACAGAGCAGCGUUAGGUUUAGUGUUACGUAUGACUGAAAGGCGUGGAUAUCUCUCCAUCCUAGAUCUUGUUGUUCAGCUGUUUGGAGCAGACCUGUUCUUCGAGGGAACUCAAGCCUCUAGCAUGGGAUGUUUCGGCUGUCCUGAGAAGUCUCACUCAAGCUCUAUUCGAGCCCUUGGGUCGAUCAUCAGAGAGGGAUUUGACGCUGAAGACAGUUUUCCUGUUUGCCUUGGCUUUUUAGAAAAGGGAUGGGGAGCUCCAUGUUAUGAUGUGAAACAUAUCACGGAUUGGGGGUCUGUGACCUUUGAUAUUCUUUCUUCUGGUGCUCUUGGAAAUUCCAAGAUUUCUGUUGAGUUUUCUUGUCGUGAGAUUCAUAUAAAGAAAUUGUCAGAUGAUUCUCCUGUGUCAGAACCUCGUCUUGAAAGGCAGUACAGUCGUCAGAGGAUCUUUGGUCUCCUCUCAGAUUCGGAUUCCGACUCAGAUGAUGAAGGACGGCCGAGAAGUAACCGAGACAGUGCUGAGGAUGAAAACAACCAGCGGAGAACAGAAGAGGCUAUUGCAGAAGAGAUGAAGAGAAUUAAAGAGCUGCCAAAGCCCAAGCAUCAUUGGAAUUUUGUUGAUCAAGUUGUACAAAGACAGUUAGGUGGUAGAGCAAGAUAUCAAUCUUCAGUCCUUUUUAGUCAUCAUUACUAUGACUCCCUCCAUGUGCCUAAGCGCCUAGAGCUCAUGUAUAAGAUGGAGUUUCACAGAGGAUGUGUCAAUGCCCUCAGCUUCAACAGCAGUGGCAGUAGACUAGCUAGUGGCUCUGAUGACUUUCACAUUGCAAUCUGGGAUUGGGCAAGGGAAAAAGCAGUCACUACAUUUAACAGCCAUCAUCGUAACAAUGUUUUUCAGAGUAAGUUCCUACCUUUGAGUGGUGAUUCCCAUAUAGUGUCAUGUGCUCGGGAUGGCCAAGUUCGCUUGGCAGAGCUGUCAUCAUCUGGCGAGUAUAAAUCAACAAGAAAGCUGGCAAAGCACAAUGGACCAGCACACAAACUUGCCACACUUCCUACCUCACCACAUGUGGUCUUAUCAGCAGGAGAAGAUGCCGUUGUCCUUUCUAUCGACAUUCGUCAGGAGCAGCCUGAUAAACUUGCUGUGGUAAAGGACAUCUCUGGUAGUAAGGUGUCACUCUAUAGCAUACAUGCUCACCCUGUUAAUGAACAUCAGUAUUGUGUUAGUGGACACGACCAGUAUGUACGUGUGUAUGACAGGCGACUGGGCUGCUAUGCUGUUUUGAAAUUAUGCCCCCGUCAUUUGUAUGAAGCAUCACCGACACCAACUGUGACUUGUGCAGUGUACAGCUGCAAUGGAGAUGCGGUGCUGGCUUCAUACAAUGAUGAUGACAUCUACCUCUUUGACACGUCCCGUACAGAUGCUGCUGAUGCAGUCCACAGAUAUUCUGGACAUCGAAAUAAUGCAACAGUUAAAGGAGUGAAUUUCUUUGGUCCUGGCAGUCAGUAUGUUGUAUCUGGUUCAGAUUGUGGCAACAUUUUCAUUUGGCAUCGAGAGACGGAGGCUAUCGUUCAGUGCAUGCCAGGAGAUGAAAAUGGAGUGGUCAAUGUUCUUGAGCCUCAUCCUCACAUCCCAGUUCUUGCUACUAGUGGCCUUGAUGAUGAUGUUAAAAUCUGGGUCCCAACCUCAGAGUAUGAUCCAGAGUUGCCUGAAUUGGAUCAGAUUGUCAAGUCAAACUUGAGGAGGAGACACAAGGAACGAAACGAUGAAUUUACAGGCUUGGACAGACAGAUGUUAAUGGUGUUGUGGAAUCACAUCAGACGGAAUGACCGUAGACGUCGGAGGGGAACAGUUGCUCCAUUUGACUUGUCAAACGGAGCUGAUGGAAAUGAAGGGACUGUUGGAGGGUCGUCCAGUGAUGAAAGCAAUGACAGUGAUGGAUCAGACGGACAACAUGGCAUUCAAUGUGCUACUCAUUAGUAGUAUUUCUGAUAGAUAUAUAUAU